AUGUAGUGGGUACUUGUUCGAUUGGUAAUGAUGGUUAUUCGACUUGCACAAUAUGGUGCUCAUAGAAGUUGUCAGUUAUAUCCACUCGAUUUAAUCGAUAGUGGCAUUUCAUCAGCCUUUCUUCGAAUUUUUUCAAAAAUCAGCAUCUCAAAUGUUGUUAAUUUUGGAAGUUUGCAUGUCGUAGUUUAUCCACGUAGUGAAAAUGUAUAAUAACGUGAAGUUUACUCGUAAUUUGAAUUGCUUGUAUAGAAAUUCUUGUUUGGUUUUUGAACCCGUUGAAGAGAAUUCGCACGUGAUAUUUUAGUUUUUGCUCGCGUCGUGUUAUGCCGUUUUACUCGUAUACGAAAUUGCUCAUAUUCUCGAUGUCCAUCAGUUCUCGGUUCGUCUAGUUUCAUAUUUUCAUUCGUUGGGUUGCCCAGGUUUUCCAGAAUGAAAAACAUAUUCAGAAUUAUCACCAUCGAACCGUCUUAUUUCUUAUUCAUCAUCGUUCUGGAAUGGCUGAAAGAAAUAGAUGCGAAUUUAUGGCUUCAGAAAACUUGUCGACUCGAUCAUCUAAUCGAACCAGAUUUAAAUACCCAAUGCGACGACGAAAAAAAAGGCCUUCUAUAUGUAACAGAAGUGAAUUCCAAAUACGGUUCAGUGGCUUCUUUUUUAUCUGUGAUAAUCGCUAUGUUCGCUGCAAUUUGGAGUGAUGAAGCUGGUCGACGAAGAAGACCGCUGAUUUUCAUUUCACUUUUCGGUAUCUUUCUGCGGGCAUUAUCGGGUUGCUUGAAUUCCUAUUUUUGGCACUGGAAUCCAUCGAUUGCUGUGGCAUCUUGGGUGACCAUUUACAGUACCACUGGAGGCAUCGCCAUGAUGCUGAUAAUAUCUCAGACUUAUUUAUGCGAUAUAUCCGAUGCUGAGGAUCGAACCAUGAGGCUUGUUCUGAGCACUGCUGUAAGAGCAGUGGGCACGAUUGCUGGUAAAGGUGGAUUCGGAUUCGUUCUUCGUUGGGUUGGGUUUUUGUAUUUUUACGCAUUAUGCUUACUUUUAUCUGUGAUUUCGCUGAUUCUUGCGGUCAUCUUGAUCAGAGAUACGUCCGUGCCUGUUGAAAAGAAAGUACGUUUUGGUCAAAUGUUCAGUUUAAGACGUGUGCUGCUCAUUGAUAGUUUUAAAGUUACGUUUAGUAGAAAAUUAGCCGGCAAGAGAACGAUUAUCGUGUUGCUGUUGGUGGCUAAUGUGGCUAUCAAUUGCACGAGUGUAGGCGAAUUGUCAGUAUUAUAUGUGUAUCUGAGACGUAGAUUUCAAUGGGAUGAGCGAAUGUACAGCAAAUAUGUGUUUUUUAAGUUUUCUGCAUCCACUUUAGGUGCCUUGUUUUGCUCAUUUGUGCUGAGUAAGCGUUUAAAAAUACACGACGGAUUGAUCGGCAUCCUGGCAACAGUGUGCGACACGAUGGCCAUCACUGGACUGCUAUUUGCCUUUGAAAAUUGGCAACUUUAUACAAUUCCUGUGAUGGAUAUGUUUCAUGGCACAGUUUACACAGUUAGCAUAUCAUUCAUGAGCAAAUAUUACGAUAAAAGCGAGUUGGGACGAUUGAACGCUGUUAAUGGAGCUUUCAUGUUAUUGGUGCCAUUCAGUUAUUAUAUGUAUAAUAAAGUACUCCAAAUUACGUUCGAUGUUCUUCCAUCUGCUUUUUGUCUGCUGAGUAUUGUGCUCAAUGUUACGAUUUUUCUCUGUUUUGUGGGAUCGUACUUUCUUAGCAAAAAAUUUGCUAGUUCAAAACCUGUUACCAAAGAAGAAGAACCCAUGGCUUCUUGCGUUAAAUAACUGCCUUCAUUUCUCAAGAAAAAUUGCGGAGAUCAUUUGGAUGUAUAUAAUUGAAAUUAUAAUAUUAUGUAUUUUUUUUGCCAUUA